UGCCAGGGUAACAGAGACCUUGGAGAGGCAGAGCAGCAGCAGACGACCGUUGUUAUUGUGAAGCAGGCCUGUGAGCAAGAUGAUGCUCUCACGGCUGAAACCCGCUGUUGGAGGCGGGCCUCAAUCAGCGGAUAAGCGCAGAAAGAAAGGCAAACGGCUGCCGCAGCUGGAAGAUUUGUUAACUCAGCGAGAUUUCACUGGGGCCAUUGCCCUUUUAGAGUUUAAGCGUCAGGUUGGGGAACAGGAGGAAGAUGCAGACCUCUGGAUUGGAUAUUGUGCUUUCCAUUUGGGUGACUACAAGAGAGCACUGGAGGAGUAUGAGGAUUUAACCAAGGGAUCUGCCUGCAACCCUGAUGUGUGGGUGAAUCUAGCAUGCACUUACUUCUUCCUGGGAAUGUAUACACAAGCUGAACAGGCUGCUUUGAAAGCUCCCAAGAGUAGACUUCAGAAUCGUCUGUUGUUCCAUCUAGCACACAAGUUUGGUGAUGAGAAGAAACUGAUGAGCUUCCAUCAGAAUUUGCAGGAUAUAACAGAAGACCAGCUUAGUCUAGCAUCUAUACACUACAUGCGAUCUCAUUAUCAAGAAGCUAUUGAUAUCUACAAACGCAUACUACUUGAUAACAGGGAAUAUAUGGCCCUCAAUGUAUAUGUGGCCUUGUGUUACUACAAGUUGGAUUACUAUGAUGUCUCUCAAGAGGUGCUAGCUGUUUACCUUCAACAGGUUCCUGAUAGUACCAUUGCUCUUAACUUAAAGGCUUGUAAUCAUUUCCGACUCUACAAUGGGAAAGCUGCUGAGGCAGAGCUUAAGAGUUUGAUGGACAGUGCUUCAACAUCAUUUGAAUUUGCUAAAGAGCUCAUUAAGCACAACCUGGUGGUAUUCCGAGGAGGGGAAGGAUCUCUCCAAGUACUCCCUCCCCUGGUUGAUGUUAUUCCUGAAGCUAGACUGAAUCUAGUCAUUUACUAUCUUCGACAAGGUUUAAAAAAAUCUGUAUACCUCAUUUUACUUUUCACAACUUCUAGUGAUUCUUUUCUACCAAAUAGAGGAUGUAUGUAUUUUGUUUUGGGGAUGCAGUUGCUUACUAAUUUUUAUUUGUGGUGCUUCAUGAGCUAACAAAUGAUGUAAAGGAAGUAGGAUGAUCCUGGAGAAAGGUAUGGGGUUCUUUAAGGAAUUGCAGGCAAGUGCUAUGUUUGUCACCUGCACUUCAAAGCACUUUUUUGCCUUCAGUUCCAAAGUGCUGCACAGCCCCAUUAUUUAAUGUCCCUUUUAGGGACAAGUGAAUUUUUGCUUAAGCAAAUCUAUACAAUCUGUCCCAUCUUCACCUAGAUCUGUGUAGGAACAAAAAUACAUACGUCACUAACUUCAAUUAUAUCAACACUAAGAAAUGCCUUUAGUCCCUACUCCCAUCUUGAGAUUUGUUUUGCAUAGCAGACCUCAGAGGUAUAAAUUUUGAUCUUGGGCUGAUCAAAGUUAAUGUUACUGUUCUGCAACUGUCACAUUGACCCUGGUGUUCUUUUAUUCAUAUUUGAACUGUUAAAACAAAAUCCAAAAAAAUUGCUUUUAAGUUCUUUUUGGUUUGUCACUAAUAAAAUGUUUCAUUUUAGUAAUUAAUUGCAUCUUUUAUGGACCCAGAAAAAAAUAAAUUGGCAUUCUGUUUGAUGCAUUUUCCUUCUUUUUUCUCUAUGUAUCAUAUGCAAAUAUAUGAGUGAAAUAAGGCUAGAAAGCCUUUAAAGUGUACACACAUUAUAAAUGAAGUACAACAUUACACAAAUGUUUAGCUUCUUUUUUUGUCAAUAGAUGAAAGCUGAAUGAAAGUGUGGGAGAGUUACAGUAUUAUAUACUAUAGUAAUAUACUGUAACAUAUUAUUUCAGAUGAUGUACAGGAGGCUUACAAUCUGAUUAAAGACCUGGAACCUACAACCCCUCAGGAGUAUAUUCUUAAAGGAGUAGUGAAUGCAGUCCUUGGGCAGGAA